AUGGCGAUAUCUCGCAUGAAGGCUACUGCAAGGACGUUGCUACAUGCACAUGUGACGUUUCAAGGAGCAACUCAACGCUUUGCGUUUUCUACUGAAGCAACGGAUGCAGCAGCUGCUGUAUUGCGCAUGGGAUUCAAGAAGGCACAAAAGGAUGAAGACCAUGAGAUGUUAAUAAUGAAAGCAGAAGCUGAUCCUGCACUACUGACAGAUCGAAACGUUGUGAUGCCAUCUGUGGUGGAGAAAAAGCUAGUGCCUCCUGCUAUGAGCUCGACUCAACCACUGUGGCUUACACAAGAUCAUCCUGUGACGGAUUUAUCAGGCUUUGCACCAAAAAUUGUGGUUGUUGGUGUUGGAGGUGCAGGAGGAAAUGCUGUGAACAAUAUGAUUGCGCGUGGGCUACAAGGAGUGGAGUUUCUUGUAUGCAACACUGAUGCUCAGCACUUGCGCACAACGCUGACGGAGAACCGCGUUCAAAUGGCUCCUGAACUCACUGGAGGGCUGGGCUGUGGUGCAAAUCCAGAAGUUGGUCGUGAAGCUGCAGAGGCUGCGAUUGAUGAGAUUUUGGAACGGGUUUACGGUGCAAACAUGAUGUUUGUUACUGCAGGCAUGGGUGGUGGCACUGGAACAGGUGCUGCACCCGUAAUCGCCAAGGCGGCCCUAGAUGCUGGUGUUCUCACGGUAGCAGUGGUCACAAAGCCUUUUCAUUUUGAAGGUAACAAUCGCGCAAAGCUUGCAGCACAGGGACUGGCCGAGCUGAAGGAUAGCGUGGAUACGAUGCUUGUGAUUCCAAAUCAGAAUCUCUUCAAUAUGUCGAACGAGCGCACAUCUUUGAUGGAUGCAUUCCGAAUGGCGGACAAUGUGCUUCUUGAUGGUGUCAAGAAUAUCUCUGAUCUGAUGGUGAUGCCUGGGCUUAUCAACCUUGAUUUUGCUGACGUUCAGUCGGUGAUGCAAAACAUGGGGAAUGCCAUGAUGGGAAGUGGAGAGGCUGAUGGAGCGAACCGGGCCUUGCGUGCUGCUGAAGAUGCGCUGGCGAAUCCUCUUUUGGGCGAUAUUUCGAUCAAGGACGCCAAGGGUAUGAUUGUAAAUAUUACAGGUGGCUCCGACCUGACGUUGUUUGAGGUCGACGAAGCUGCGGAACGAGUGACACGAGAGCUUGACGACCCGCACGCUAACAUUAUCUUUGGUUCAACGUUUGACGACUCACUCGAUGGUAAGCUGCGUGUUUCCGUAGUCGCCACGGGUAUCGCGGAUCCGGAAAAGUUAUAA